CGGAAGGAGAGUUUUGCUUGGAAGUAGCUUGCAGAAACUUGGCACCAAGGGGCAGGGGAGCAAGAGAGACUCAUUGUGCUCGAGAAGGCCGAGUGUGGAAUUUGCAAACACAUGUGGGACAUACAAGCCUGGGAUGCAGAGGUUAAGCUCAUCACAGUAAUGGCUGCGGCCUUACCCAGGACCCUGGGGGAGUUGCAGCUGUAUAGAAUAUUACAAAAAGCCAAUCUGCUUUCUUAUUUUGAUGCCUUUAUCCAGCAAGGUGGUGACGAUGUCCAGCAACUCUGUGAAGCUGGAGAAGAGGAAUUCUUGGAAAUCAUGGCCCUCGUGGGCAUGGCUAGCAAGCCCCUUCAUGUGAGAAGGCUUCAGAAAGCUUUGAGAGACUGGGUUACAAACCCUGGCCUUUUCAAUCAGCCGCUGACUUCUCUGCCAGUCAGUAGCAUUCCCAUCUAUAAAUUACCAGAGGGAUCACCAACCUGGCUGGGAAUAUCCUGCAGCAGUUAUGAAAGAAAUAGCAGUGCCCGGGAACCUCAUUUAAAAAUCCCCAAGUGUGCUGCCACCACCUGUGUGCAGAGUCUGGGACAGGGGAAAUCAGAUGUGGGGAGCUUAGCGCUACAGGGUAUUGGUGAAUCCAGACUCUGGCAAGGCCACCAUGCCACUGAAAGUGAGCACAGCCUUUCCCCAGCAGACCUUGGCUCCCCAGCAUCCCCAAAGGAAAGCAGUGAGGCACUGGAUGCUGCCGCAGCACUCUCUGUAGCUGAGUGUGUGGAGCGAAUGGCCCCCACACUGCCGAAAAGUGACUUGAAUGAAGUGAAAGAGCUGCUAAAAACCAACAAGAAGUUGGCCAAAAUGAUAGGUCAUAUCUUUGAGAUGAGCGAUGAUGACCCACACAAAGAGGAGGAAAUUCGAAAAUACAGUGCAAUAUAUGGAAGAUUUGACUCAAAAAGAAAGGAUGGGAAACAUCUCACGCUUCAUGAGCUCACUGUUAAUGAAGCUGCCGCUCAACUCUGUGUGAAGGAUAAUGCCCUGCUGACAAGAAGAGAUGAACUUUUUGCCCUGGCUAGGCAGAUUUCUCGAGAAGUCACCUAUAAAUAUACUUACAGAACCACCAAGUCAAAAUGUGGAGAAAGAGAUGAAUUAUCCCCGAAGAGAAUUAAAGUGGAGGAUGGGUUUCCAGAUUUUCAGGACUCUGUGCAAACUCUCUUCCAGCAGGCUAAAGCUAAGAGUGAAGAACUCGCUGCUCUUAGUGCUCAGCAGCCUGAAAAGGUGAUGGCAAAGCAGAUGGAGUUCCUUUGCACCCAAACUGGUUAUGAGAGACUGCAGCAUACUGAAAGAAGACUGUCUGCAGGACUUUACAGGCAGAGCUCGGAAGAGCACAGCCCUAAUGGCUUGACUUCUGAUAACUCUGAUGGUCAAGGAGAAAGACCUUUGAAUCUCCGAAUGUCUAACUUACAGAACAGACAACCCCAUCAUUUUGUGGUAGAUGGGGAGCUGAAUAGACUGUACUCCAGUGAGGCAAAGUCCCACUCAUCAGAGAGCCUUGGCAUUUUAAAAGACUACCCUCACUCAGCUUUUACUUUGGAAAAGAAAGUCAUCAAAACAGAGCCUGAAGAUUCAAGAUAGCUGUUAUUCGCCCACUAUUCUCUGGAAAUGGCAUCAGAUUUAAGGAUAAUGCUCCAUCAUAGAUAUAAGCCUUAAUAACCAAUGUUGCCUCAUUCAGCUCAAACAGAUUUCAUAGCCAAAGCGUAAGGACUGAUACAAUAGUCUGUGGAAACCAGGAAAACAAAACAGCAGCCACAAAAUAGAAGAGUGAGAGAUUGUUGCAAUCUAUAACAGAAAUAUUGAUCCAUUCACAUUCCUGUGUAAAUCGUUCCAUGUGGAAAGGCUUACAAAUUAAUAUUGUAAGCAUUCAUUAUUUAAGAAUGUACAAUGUAUUUGUGUAAUUUAUAGAAGUUAAAAGCUCGAUGUUGAGACCUGUUUGGUCCAGACGCAGAUACAAUUUAUUUUACUUGAAAUUUUGUUGUCUACUUACCUGUAUUUAGCGUGAAUAUACGUCAGCGUUUAGAAUCUUUGCAGUCAUAAAAAAGAAAGUUUAAGUAAUGUAGUUAUCGGCAAGGUUGCAAUGACUGGAAAAAUGAAUAGCAAAUAACUCAAUUUAUACCAAGGAAAAUGUGGAUUUGAUAUUUGAUAAAACUGAAUUUAUAGGAAAUGUGUCCUUUCUAAUAGUAAAAUGUUUUACUGACUUAAUCAGUGAAGACAUUUACACAAUUAAAUAGUGGAGUAAAGUUAAAAAGAAUGAGCAAUAGAGCAGAAAAUCUCUGCUGCUGUUGAUAUGGGUUGUUGUAGGAUAGCUCCGCAAAAGUAACAAAACAAGGAAAAUAUUACGUGGACAGAGAACUUGAAACAAAUGGAUUGAUGUGUAAAAGUUUUGACUUUAACAUUGCUACUUCAGAAUGUGUUAAAUAGGUUAAGACAUAGUAAGUUUACCCUAAAUGUGAUAAGGAUGGUGACUGUUAAAAAAGGCUAUAAUAUUUAAUAGAGUAAGAACCGUUUUAUAUCCAGAAAUUCCUCUCCACGUACUGGAGUCAGAGAGACUAAAUAGUUCUCCCUGGGGAAUAUCUUCCCACCUGAACCAUCACAAGUGUGGACAAUCACUACAUCCACAUUUGUAGGCAUAUUUCUGUGGCGGUUUAGUUCACACCUGUAGUCAUUAUUUAUUUUACAAUUUAAUUUUUGUACACCUUCCAGAUUUGUGAAUGCAGGUUUUUUUUUUUUUUGGAAUUCAUGUUAACUUGAAAGUAUGUUUUUAAUUCCCCCUAUUUAAUCAUAGGCUGCGUGCAUAUAAAUGAGGGUGUGCAUAAAUGUUAGUAAUGUACUUGUUUACAAGAAUUUUACAUGGGAAUUCACAGUGGGGAAAAAAAAGCAAAUACUACUUCUGUCAACAUACAUUUCUGCUGUUGGAGAAGAUAUUUGAGACCUUUACCUACUUUUCUCCAGAUUAAUUUAAACCCAGAUAUUGCCAAGAACAGCAUAUUGACUUGGAAAAUGAGGGGGGUUUUUUGUUUGUGUUCAGUUCUGCUCUAGUUUAUAACUGUAAAAAUAUUAAGUCAAACCUAUUAUACUACAAUUCAUCAGCCAAAUACUAGAUGAAAUGUCUGCACUGUAGUCUCUGAUCACUGUCACUUAUAUAAUUGCUUUUUCAUUUUGAUUUGUAGAAUAGCUUUACAGUAGAAACAUCAGUAAACAACUUUUAUACUAUUAAAAGGCUUUUCCCCUUCCUAAAUUAAAUGUUUUAAUUGUAUUAUAGUGUUUUGCCCACUGAAGAAGCUUUUUAUGGACCUUGCAACGUUGUUGCUUGUUUGAGGUUGUUUAUUGUGGUUGUUUUGUUCACUGUGUGUAGAAAUAGUAUGAGUACGAUUUAAAUAGAUUGUUCAGUUUUUAAUAUUAGCCAUAGAACUGGUUAGUAUAUCAGUAGUUUCAUGAAACGUUUCUUGUAUUCUAAUCUAUUUUGAGAAAUUUUGUGGGUUUUUUUAAAUUGUGUCUUACAGUUCAAGUUUGUAGAUUUUAAGAAGCAACAGUUUUUAAAGAUAUGGUAAUCUGCCAAUUAAUAUUUAUCCAUCUUUCAUGACCCCACAAACUGCAUCUUUAAAUCCAUAAAUAAGUUUCCUUAGGUAUCAUACUUUUCUGGUCUUUCAAACUUAGUGAUGGGGGAAAGAAAGCACAAGAAAAAUUUCAGUAGAAUACAGUUUUUAUUUUGUAAACACUAAUGUAUUAAACUUGCUAUACAUUGAAGCAAAUAAUAUAUAUUUUUAUUUGAAUUGUAUAUAUGAUUGGAUGUUAUAACUAGUUGAUUUUUUUCAUUGUGUUAGAGGUAUUUUCACUGAACAAGGUCAAUUGGUUACCUCAGUAUUACAGCCAAUAUAGUCCAAGGGACCAUUUUCCCCAAGUCUGUGUUGUACUUUAUUAUGUGAAGUCUGCGUUUCUGUGACUCUUUAAGCUGUUGGUGAGGUGGGACGAGUACACUUGCUUUCUGUGGCAAUAAAAGAUUUUCUGUGCCUCACA